AUGCCAGAGCACGUUUUUUUGGUAGAUAACACUACAGGUAAAAAGUAUCGAUUAAAUGGUGUUUUACCACCGGCUAGUUUGCCGGCAGGCAGCGCUGCUGGUGUAGCUAAAGCUUUCGCUCCACUUAUACGUUAUCCAGUCGAAGAACUUCCACCAAAAGUUGACCUUCGAAAUGAUAUGACAGAAAUUGAAAAUCAAGAUCCAUAUUCACAACAAAUUGGAAGCUGUACAGCUCAUGGUUUUGCUGGAGCGUAUGAAUAUUUAAACAAGAAAGCUCAUGGUACUGACAUUAGAGUUAGUCGUUUUUUUAUUUAUUUCAAUUCACGAGUGAAGGAGUUCAAAACAGAGAAUGUUAAUGAUUCUGGUUGUCACUUGAUAUAUGUUAUUGAAGCAUUGAAAGAAUAUGGUACAUGUCUUGAAUCUUUUUGGCCUUAUGAUACUGGACGUCUUAAUUACAAACCAACGGAGGAAUCAUACGAGCAAGCUUCAAGUCAUAAAAUAGCAGACGCACUUAAAGUUAAUAUUGAUUUAAAUGAAAUGAAAUCAUGUCUUGCACACGGCUUUCCAUUUAUAAUUAAUAUAUCAGUAUUUGCUUCAUUUGGUAAUGGAGGUAAAUCUGGUGUUGUACCAAUGCCAACCCAAGCCGAUUUGGCUCAAGGAGAAACGGGAGGUCAUGCAUUAUUGGUUUGUGGAUAUAGUGAGGAAUCACAAGCAUUUAUUGUUCGAAAUUCAUGGGGAGAAGAUUGGGGUGAAAAAGGAUAUUGCUAUAUUCCAUAUGGUUAUAUAACUAGUCCUACUUAUUGUCAUGAAGCAUACGCUAUUCGAAAAGUAGAAAAUGAUGAUUUUGGUCAAGACAAUUGGUGCUGGCAAGAUUCUCAGAAUUAUCUUGCUAACAUGCCUGUGCCUAAUCCUGAUCAUCAUGCUAUCCAACGAUUCCAAAUAGAUGAGGAAGAAGCAAGUUGUAAUGCUUAUGAAUUUACUGAAGAGACAUCAGAAGAGAUACUAGAAGGUUAG